CCUCCACCCACCACUACAACCUAUACUGCCCCACCCCUCCCCUAUUCUCUCUUCUCUUUUCUCUUCUUCCCUUCUUCUCUCUGUCUUUCUUUCUUCCCUGCAACAAAAACUCCAUUACUCUCCACCUAGACCAAUGAUCAUCGUCAUUAAUGAUCAAGAAACUACUGUAAGAGAAAUCAAACCCAAAAGCAGAAGAAUCAUGGGAGGUGGAGGUCCAGAUGAUGAUGAUGGCGGCGGAUGCGGCGGACAUGGUGGUGAUAAAGAUGAUGUCAAGUGGCCACCAUGGUUGCGUCCACUUCUCCAAACUAGCUUCUUUGUUCAAUGCAAGCUUCAUGCUGAUGCUCACAAGAGCGAAUGCAACAUGUAUUGUUUGGAUUGCAUGAAUGGAGCCCUUUGUUCUCUCUGUCUUUCAUAUCACAAAGAGCAUAGAGCCAUUCAGAUAAGGAGGUCAUCAUACCAUGAUGUGAUUAGAGUGUCUGAGAUUCAGAAAUAUUUGGACAUAACAGGAGUACAGACAUACAUUAUCAACAGUGCCAGAAUUGUUUUCUUGAAUGAAAGGCCACAGCCUAGGCCUGGUAAAGGUGUCACCAAUACUUGUCAAGUUUGUGAGCGGAGUCUUCUUGAUUCUUUCAGCUUCUGUUCCCUUGGUUGCAAGAUUGUUGGAACAUCAAAGAACUUUAGGAAGAAGAAAAUGCGCAAAGAAAUAGAAGGAUCAGACACAGAAGAAUCAAUGAACAAUGGCAUUGGCAAAGGAAGUCCUAAAAGCAAAAUCCAAAGCUUUACGCCGUCAACACCGCCGCCAACUGCCGUGAAUUACAGAACCGCCAAGAGGAGGAAGGGUGUCCCGCAUCGAUCUCCGAUGGGCGGAUUCAUCAUCGAAUACUACUAGCCGUAGAAAGAAGAAAAACUUGACGUGGCAGACACAUUAUCGUGUCAUCAUACAUUCAGGUUCUGCAAUUAGCGAGUGAUGAAUUGGCAAUGGCAUGAUUAUACGUCUGGCGCAUUCGAUAAAUUUCAACCAAAACCAAUAUUUAUCUUCUGAAAUUAAUGUCUCUGAUGUUACAAGGUGAUGACUGACAUCUGAGCCUUUGUGCCAGGAGGCCGAUGUUGGAAAAGUGAACUGAACUCCAUGUUUGUAUAUAGAAAAGAAAAAAGGAAAAAUAAAUAAAUAAGAGAAAACAAGGAGAUAUAUAUAUAUAUAUAUUGAAAAUGAAUCCAAGAAAUUAAGAAGGUUAAGAAGAAGGGAAAGAAAAGAAAAGAAAAGAAAAGGAAAAUGAAAAGAAGAAUAGAGGUAUGGAUGAUGUAUUGAGAUAUUGGGGUUGUAGGUAGAGUAGGAGUUGUAUGAUCAUGUAGGCUUUUGAUAUAUGAUGCUAAUUUAUGAAGUGCAAUAUGUACAUAUAGUAGCUUGUUGAGAGAAAAUAUAUAUAUAAUUUAUGUACUGUGAAAAUGAAUGCAAUGUUGAUUACACAUAUUUGGUAUA